AUGUCGGAUGCCUUCAAGACGAAGACGAUGAAGCGAAAGAACGUCAAGGGCCUGGCCCUCAGCGCUCCCGCUCCUCGCCCUGCUCAACCCCUCACACCCGACGGAGAUGCCACCAGUGGUCAAGAAACAGGCCGCGCAGACACACUCGAGAUCGGCGUCGAGUUCAGGUUAGAUCUCAAGAGCGAAGAUCUCCAGGUCAUCAAAGAGCUGGGAGCAGGCAACGGCGGCACAGUCAGCAAGGUCAUGCACACGGCUACAAAGGUUGUCAUGGCGCGCAAGAUCAUCCACGUCGAGGCAAAGAAGGAAAUCAGAAAGCGCAUCGUACGAGAGCUGCAGAUCAUGCAUGAGUGUAACUCACUCUCCAUCGUCUCCUUCUACGGCGCCUUCCUGAACGACAUGGGCGACGUUGUCAUGUGUAUGGAGUACAUGGACGUCGGCUCACUGGACAGCAUCUCUAAGAACUUUGGUCCCGUGCGAGUAGACGUUCUGGGAAAGAUUGCAGAGUCCGUCUUGGGCGGCCUCGCAUACCUCUACCGCAUGCACCGCAUCAUGCAUCGCGACAUCAAGCCAUCAAACAUCCUGGUUAACAGCAAGGGUCAGAUCAAGUUGUGCGACUUUGGCGUCAGCAGUGAGCUCGACAAUUCGGUGGCCGACACGUUUGUCGGAACGGGCACGUACAUGGCGCCCGAGAGAAUCCAGGGCUCGCCUUACACGGUCAAGUCGGACGUGUGGAGUGUUGGUCUGUCGUUGAUGGAGCUUGCUAUUGGCAAGUUCCCCUUCCACAGCGAAAACGGCGAUGACGACGAUCUGGCCGGCCCCCAGGGUAUUCUCGACCUCCUUCAGCAGAUUGUGCUGGAGCCUUCACCCAAGCUGCCCAAGAGCGACGCCUUCCCUAAGAUCCUGCACGAUGUCAUCGACAAGUGUCUGAUGAAGAACCCCGCCGACCGACCUACACCUGCCGAACUGUUCGAAACCGAUCCCUUCCUGCAAGCAGCUAAGCGCACUCCGGUUGACCUCGAGGCUUGGGCUGUCAGCAUGAUGGAGCGCCACAAUCGCAAGUCCCAUCUCGUGCCACAACUCUCUCCCCAAACAAAGCAACUGCUGCGAUCCGGUGGCAGGGAGCCCGAGAACCAGCCCAGCCCGCCAUCUUCGUCAUCUGGUGAUAUCCCCAUCAGCACCCAGUCCAUGCCACGCAACUCACAACGUCCGGGCUACCCGCAGCGCACAUCGAGUGCCAGUCAGGUACCCAUGGCCGCCCAACAGCCUUUGAACUUGCCUAUUCGUCCUGCUCCUGGAGCCGCAUCGCAGCCACGCUCUGCCCGUCGCGAGCCCGCACCUACCUCGAGACCCGAUUCGCUAUCUCGCACCACGCCCAAACGCGCCCCUAACUACGAUUACUCAAACUACGACGACAUUGUUUCUGGCUACUACGACACCAACAACAAGUUCUAG